UCUACGAGUUCACUGUUCACACCCCAGCACCUGAUCUUGCCGCAGCUCUCGAGUUUUCACCGUCACACAACCGCAGUUUUGAUGUGGCAGAAGACCAUACUGCCUGCAGUCUGACAGAUUGCUGGUCUGGCAUCUGGGUGUUGGGCAUACUGAGAAGAGACGACAAAUUACAUUACAAGGAGGCCGGAAUGGCCAAAACUCUCCUUUUGAAAACCACUCCCAAUUUCAGUCAGCAUUACCUCUACCUCCGCCACCCAUCUAUCAUCCUCUAUUCACCGCCAAACGUAAAAACUAGCUGUUUUCCACAGGUUAUGGCUAUGUGUUCAAGUUUUUAUCCUCUUUUGCCCAUCAACUUUGGAAACAAAGCCAGACCCAUCUUUCCUUUCCCAACUAAACCUCAAUCUCUUGUCCGUUUCAAGGCGUUUUCAUCUCAGGCCGAUACUUCUACCACCAAAGAUGACAUUCCAGCUCGCAUUGGCUUUCUAGGUCUCGGAAUUAUGGGUUCUCCGAUGGCCCAAAAUCUAUUGAAAGCAGGAUGCGAUGUUACUGUCUGGAAUAGGACCAAGAGCAAAUGUGAUCCACUUCUCUCCAUUGGUGCUAAGUAUAAAGCCUCCCCUGAGGAAGUGGCAGCAUCUUGCGACAUCACAUUUGCAAUGCUUGCUGAUCCUGAAUGUGCUGCAGAUGUUGCUUGUGGAAAGCGUGGAGUUGCUAGUGGAAUGGGUCCAGGAAAAGGUUAUGUAGAUGUGUCUACAGUUGAUGGUGACACUUCAAAAUUGAUUUGUCAACAUAUUAAAGCAACAGGAGCCCAGUUUUUGGAGGCUCCAGUUUCAGGUUCCAAAAAGCCUGCAGAAGAUGGACAACUCAUUUUUCUUACUGCAGGUGACAGAUCUCUAUAUGAAGUGGUUGGUCCACUAUUGGACAUCAUGGGAAAGUCAAGAUUUUACCUUGGGGAUGUCGGCAAUGGAGCUGCCAUGAAACUCGUGGUCAACAUGAUCAUGGGAAGUAUGAUGGCAUCAUUUUCUGAAGGAUUGCUCCUCAGUGAAAAAGUUGGACUCGACCCAAGUGUUCUGGUUGAGGUUAUCUCACAGGGUGCCAUAAGCGCACCAAUGUACUCGAUGAAAGGGCCUUCUAUGGUUAAAUCCCUCUAUCCUACUGCCUUUCCCUUGAAACAUCAGCAAAAGGACCUUCGGCUUGCAUUAGGACUAGCUGAAUCAGUUUCACAAUCAACUCCAAUUGCAGCAGCUGCAAACGAACUUUACAAGGUGGCAAAAUCUCACGGUUUAAGUGAUGAUGACUUCUCAGCAGUAAUUGAAGCACUGAAAGCGAGAAUACAGGACAAAAAAUGAUCGAUAUUCUAUGGCCAGAAUUCUUGGUAACUCGAGAAAAUAGUUGCCCUCAAUCCCACACGUUAUGCUAGUACACUCUUGUCUCAAUCAGUUCAAAUUCCAAAAAUUAGGCUUUAGGUUUAUUUCUUUCACCUCUAAGAUGUGUAAAUAUUUGGCUGUUGCUCUCCCAUUCCUUUGUCGCACAAGGGGGGAAAAUGCUAAGAAGAUGAUGAUGGUGAAGCAAAAAAUGACGAAGGUCAAGCCAAAGUGGCUGUUGUGCUAAACUUUAAUCAUGAUGAAUUGAGUAGUUCGCUGAUUCCGAUUGUUGAAUAUGUUACCUGCCUUUAUAAUCGGUGUUACAUAUGUUGUGAGUAUAUCCUAGAAAGCAUUUAUA